AUGGCUCACCACCUUCUUCUUGCAGCUGCAACCAUCCUCCUCACCCUCUUCUUUCUCUCUCCUCCCACGGCCGCGGACUCGGUAGUCCUAGACAUCGAUGGGAACCCAGUAGAAGCAGGCUCACAAUACUACGUCCUCACUAGGGGAACCAGGGGAGCAGGCCGUGGCGGCUUAACCGCUGCACCCUUAGGUGGCCUUUGCCCUUUAUACGUAGGUCAACAUAGGAGCUGGACUCAACAAGGCAGCCCCGUAACUUUCUUCCCCGCUAACCCUUCACAAAAAUACAUCACACAAAGUUCAGACGUCAACAUUGCUUUCGGGCUAAACCCCAUAUGCAGAAACCUAGGGGUGUGGCAGCUGGGUUAUAGUUUCUCUGGUGUACCCUAUGUAACUACCAAUGGAGUUAUCGGAAACCCAGGUGCUGAAACCUUCACUAAUUGGUUCAAGAUCGAACAUGCGUUUGGGCCUGAAUCAUACAAGAUUGUUUAUUGUUUCCUCGUACCUGCUCCAUGGUAUUCUCGUAUGAGUCCUUAUGAGUAUUGUGAACAGUUGGAUGCUACUAUUCCUGGCCCUUCAGAUUUGGCGAUGUUAAGUCUUGUACCAAUUGAUAAACCUCUCCCCUUCUUUGGGUUUGUAUUCAAGAAGGUCACUAGUACUCCGCCACCUUCUCCUAUUGCGCCUCCUCCUACUACGCCGCCUUCUCCUACUGCGCCUGUGCCUGCUCCUACUGCUACUAUUGGCUACUCCAGCUACUAG